AUGGCGGCUCAGGAGGCCGCCGCAGCUGAUUCUUCGGGCCCUCGGUUCGCUCCGGAUGACCCGACGCUUCCUGCGCCUUGGAAAGCGCUGAUUGAUGGCGCGACGCUGUACUAUUGGAACCCAGAGACGAAUGUGACCCAGUAUGAGAAGCCUGCUGCAACUGCAGGGGUGCCCCCCUUGCCAGCAGGUCCUCCGCCGCCAACCCCUGCGCAGGUUCCGGAACCUGCACCAGGGGCUUUUUCGCAGCCUAACGUGCAGUUUGGCCAAGCUGGCCAGGCAGGGCACCAGGAGCGUCCUGGCCAGGCAGCUUAUCCUCCUCAGGCUGGCCAGCUUGGGCAGCAGCACACUCAACAGCCAGCUCAGCAGCAUGUCAUGGUUCAACACCAAGCUUCGUUUCAGCAAGUGCCAUAUCAGCAACAGCAGACGCACAUGCCAAAUCAGCCGCAUCAGUACCACAGUGCGCAUCCUCAACACAUGCUGUAUCAGCAUGGUCCUUACAUGCAACAUCAGCAGCAACAGCAGGCUCCACCAUAUUCAUAUCAGGCAGACCAGCAGCUACACAUGCCACAAACUGCCUAUAAUCAAGCUCAGCAGCCACCAAUGCUGCAAGCUGCCUACAAUCAAGAUCAGAGUCAGCAGCCACCGAUGCCGCAACCUUCCUACAAUCAAGGUCAGAGUCAGCAGCCACCGAUGCCGCAGCCUUCCUACAAUCAAGGUCAAGUUCAGCAGCCACCGAUACCACAACCUUCCUACAAUCAGGGUCAGCAAUCCAUGAUACCACAGUCUGCCUACAAUCAAGCUCAGCAGCCUCAAAUUCCACAUGGUGCUUAUAAUCAAAGCCAGCAGCCGCAGGGAGUUAGGAUUCCUCAGAGUCAAGGGCAACAUCCUCAACAAUCUUUGAGCUUUCACCACCCUGCCCAAGCUUCGCAGUCACCGCAGGUUUCUCAACCUCAAGGACUUAAAAUGCCAUCUCAACAAGGUCAACUGCAGCAUGGAUUGCCGUUCACUCAGCAUGGAAAACCGCCACUGCCACUUGGGCAACAAAGUCCAUUAUUGAAGGAUGAUGAUGGAGGAGUUCAUGAAGGCAAGCGGACUGGCUUUUCAUUACCACUUAGUCAGCAGCGUGGCCAGGCUCCUCUUCCAAAUCAGCAGUUACCUUCUAGUCAUCAACAUCCUGGAGCCCUUAGUAGCCAGCCAAAUAUACCUGGAGUUGGUGGGCCGUUGUAUCCUGCCAAGCAUCUUCCUGGUGGAUCAUCCUCUGCUGAGAUUAAUAACAUGGGUUUUAUGAACUCACCUGCUCAAAUGCAUCAAGGUGGAGCAGAUACAAACUACCAGCAAAAACCAGUUAGUGGCCAUGCAGUUCCAAAUCAUGUUGGUCCAUCACCAAUUCGACCUCCAAUGGGUUUUGAUAUGGGUAAUAGUGAUGGUCACUUUGAAAGAGAUGACCCUCACUCUUAUGGAAGGUUUGAUGGAACAAAGGCUCUCCAGCAGCAGCCAAAGCUUGCUCCUCUCCCAACUUCACAAAAUCCUACGGGCAUGCAUAAUGGACUGCCUUAUCCUCGUCCAGACAAUUUUGGUGGUUAUAACAUGGCACCUCCACAUUCAGUACCAAAUCCACAUAAUCUUGGUCCAUCGCCUAUUGGAACUUCAGUGAGGCCACCGUCAAGUAUGUUUGCUCCUCCAGAUUUUCCAAGCGUAUCUUCAGCUGAUGCAUACCGUCAACACCAUGAAGUCACUGCCACGGGUGAGAACGUUCCUGCUCCGUUUAUGACAUUUGAGGCUACUGGAUUCCCUCCAGAGAUUCUGAGAGAGAUCCAUGCAGCAGGCUUUUCAAAUCCCACUCCAAUUCAAGCUCAGACAUGGCCUGUUGCACUGCAAAACCGGGACAUAGUAGCUAUUGCCAAGACAGGGUCUGGAAAGACGCUGGGGUACCUAAUUCCUGCUUUUAUACAUCUGAGGAGAUGCCACAAUAAUCCGAUGUUGGGUCCUACGGUAUUGGUUUUGGCCCCUACUCGCGAGCUUGCUUCACAAAUACAAGACGAAGUAGUUAAGUUUGGUCAAUCAUCUAGAGUUUGCUGCACAUGCCUAUAUGGUGGAGCUUCAAAGGGCCCUCAGCUAAGAGAACUUGAGCGUGGAGCAGAUAUUGUGGUAGCAACACCAGGACGUCUUAAUGAUAUUCUGGAGAUGAAGAAGAUUAGCCUCCAUCAGGUUUCAUUACUUGUGCUUGAUGAAGCAGACCGUAUGCUUGACAUGGGGUUUGAGCCACAAAUACGGAAGAUUGUGGAUGAGAUUCCUAAUACUAGACAGACUCUAAUGUACACUGCCACUUGGCCAAAGGAGGUUACAAAAAUAGCUGGGGAUUUACUAAGAGAUCCUGUCCAGGUCAACAUUGGCAGCAUCGAUGAACUUGUUGCCAACAAAUCCAUCACUCAGUAUGUAGAGGUGGUUCCGCCUAUGGACAAGCAGCGGCGCCUAGAGCAGAUUCUUAGAGAUCAAGAAAGGGGCUCAAAAAUCAUAAUAUUUUGCUCGACUAAGAAGAUGUGUGACCAGCUUGCUCGCAGCAUUGGUCGCAAUUUUAAUGCUGUAAGCAUUCAUGGUGAUAAAUCACAGGCCGAAAGAGAUAAUGUUCUCAAUCAGUUUCGAACUGGCAGGGCUCCAAUAUUAGUAGCCACAGAUGUUGCUGCUCGUGGACUUGAUAUCAAAGAUAUCAGAGUGGUAAUCAAUUAUGACUUUCCAACUGGGAUAGAGGACUAUGUGCAUCGCAUAGGGCGUACAGGAAGAGCUGGCGCUACUGGUAUCUCGUACACUUUUUUCUGUGAACAAGAUUGGAAAUAUGCUGGUGAUUUGGUGAAACUCUUGCAAGGUGCCAACCAGCAUGUCCCGCCACAGCUGCAAGACAUGGCUGCACGCAGUGCUUCUGGAGGUCCAAGAAACCAGGCUGCUGGGAUGAGCCGCUGGGAUGGGCCUGGUGGUCGUCGUUUUGAACUUGGUGCUGGUGGCCCUGUUGGUUAUGGUGGUGUCAGGGAGGGUCCUGGAGGUUUCAGUGGUCGUGAGGGCCCGGGUGGAUUUGGUGUUCGAGAAAGCCCAGCCAUGUUUGGUGGCGGGGAAGGCCCUGAUGGCUUGGGUGGCCGGGCUGGCCCUCGUGGUUUCGGUGGCCGGGAGGGCCCUGGUGGCUUCGGUGGCCAUGAGGGCCCUGGUGGCUUUGGUGGCCGGGAACGGGAGGGUCCUGGUGGCUUUGGUGGCAGAAAGGGCUCAGGUGGCUUUGGUGGACGAGAUGGCCCUGGGUCAGGUGGUUUUGGUGGUAGAGGGGAGCGUGGAUCUGGUGGUUUUGGCAGUAGAGGCGGAGCAAGCCCUGGGGGCUUUGGUGGACGUGGUGGCAGGGGUGAUUCUCCUGGUUUUGGUGGGCGUGGCAGGGGUGAUUUUUCCGGAUUUGGUGGGCGUGGCAGGGGUGAUUCUCCCGGUUUUGGUGGACGAGGUAGGGGAGAUUUUUCUGGUGGACGUGGUGGCAGGGGGCGUGGAUUUGGCGGGAGGGGGCGUUCUGACCGAGGCCCACAUGACCGGUUUGUCUCAGAUGGACGGGGACGAUAUGAUAACUGUCGAGGAUUUGGAGACAAAGGUAGGGAUCGGAGCUACAGCCGCAGCCCAGAUAGAGUCCAGUCACGGGGUUAUGACAGAAGAAGUGAUAGCAAGAGCAUUAGUAGGAGCAGGAGCCGCAGCAGGAGCUGGUCACGCAGCAGGAGCCACAGCAGGAGCUGGAGCAGGAGUCGGAGCCGCAGCAGUAGCCGGAGUCGCAGCAGGAGCAGGAUCCGUGACCAUGGGGCAGCACCGGAGCGCAGGCCCCGAGCAAGAUCUGGUUUCGAUGUGCUGCCUCCUGCAUCUGGAGCAGCCGGACCUGCACCUGUCCCUGUACCUGGACCAGCAGCACCACCUGUUCCUGCUCUCGCUCCUCAACAAUCACUGGCCGAUACAUCUUCAAUGUCGCCAAUGUCUCCUGGUGGCCUAGUCCAGCCAGCUGCUGCUGCACCGUUGAUAUGUGGUGGGAAUGACAACAACUUUGGCGGCACACCGGCUGGCCAGCCUUUCCAAGGGACUGAUGCUGCAUUCCCCAGUUUUCCUGCAGGCGAAACAUUUCCAGGCGCAGCAGUUCAGCAGGCCGCUCCUGAUGUAUAA